UCUGGGAGGCGGGGCUUGGUGUGUUUUGUUCCUUCGGUAGGGAGGAGCCUCGCUCAGCUGCUCGGAAGUGUUGGUAGCGGUAGCUGCGGAAAUAGGCAGAGUUGUGCUGCUCGCUCAGGAGAUACGGGGUAAGGGGGGUGUCGCUGCCCGAGGCGCAGGAUGGGGCGAGGGAACUCGAGUCGAUUCGCGUGCGUAAGAAAGCGAAUGGGGGUCAAGCCUGUGACCAAACCAAGCCAGGCAUGAGUUUCCUAGCUACAAAGGCCAAACUUGAAAGGAAGAGAAAUCGCAAAUAGGUUUCCAAAAAUAACCCAAUAAGUCUCUGCCUGUUUGCCUCUGACAUAGUUCUGAAGAGAAUUAUACUGGAGAACCAAUCUGUCCACAAGUGAUUUCCUACCUGUCAGGAGCCAGGAAUACAACCUGCUGAAAAUAGAAAGGCUUCCCACUCCUCAAGUACUGUGUUUCCAAACUUGGAAUGCCGGUAAACUCUGCUGGUAAAGAUAAUGCUGAUCUACAAUGCAAAAAAAAAAACAGAUGAUGCAGCCAUCCUGAAAGUAGACAACGUUGGAGUUCUGGUGAGGCAUGGCAUCUGAAGACUUCUGCAUUUCAGAUGUGCGGUCUGUAGAAAGUGAGACAAAGGAGGAGGAGGUUUCAAAAAGGACCAAGAGACCUACACAAUGUGCUGAGGAACUGGUGGACUGACUUGCAAGAUGAAGAAUAAACCUUUGUAUGGAAACCUCAAAAUGGCUAGCCAGUAUUGAAGCAAGGCACUGUCUCUACCAUUUGAAAGUAUAAGUAAUGAGAGCCUGUUGACUACCAUGGUAACACUAAUAACAGAAAAGCUGCGAAACCAGACCUUGGAUGACCCAACAUGUGAAACAUUCAGUAUUAAUCUGUGCUCAUCUGAGAAGCAGAACAAAAGUUGUAUCCUGUUUCCAUUUGAAGUCAGUGAGGGUCCAUGGAAAUCUUCACAUGGGGUUUGUCAGAUCCGAACUGAAUCAAGCGAGAACUCAGUUUGUUCUCUGCCACUGUGUCCAUUUAGUUCAAGUGCAACCAGUGUGGGUUUAAACUGGCGACACAAUUCUUCAGGCCAGUCUCUGGUUUCAGGAUGGAUAAGUGAACUCAGUCUUAUUGAGAACUCCAGACAGCCACUGGCACCACCUACUAAACGACAUUGUAGAUCACUUUCUGAGCCAGAUGAGUUGGUUCGUUGCCGAUCACCAUGGAAACCUGGUACCUCGAAGAUCUGGACUCCUGUGUCUAAGAGACGAUGUAACAGUGGAGGCAGUGCUACUUUGCAGCGAUGCAAUAGCCAUGGGAGCACCAGCUUAAAGCAAAGCACAAGCAUCAGCCUGCCCCACAAUGGACAGUCUUUAAAUAAUAUGUUCCGAAUCAAUACUUCACCAGUGCCCAGGCCAUCUUCUGCAAGUAGCGGUUUUGUUGAUAGCAGUGAAGGAAGCUCAAGUUCAAGUAUUCGUUGGAGUUCUGGAAGAUCUUACGACUUCAACCCACGACGUCGCCUGUCCUUAUCACAGGAACAUAUCACUGAAACAGGAAAUACCUUGUCUUCAGCCAAUAGUACUCCCACUUCCACACCAGAGCUCAGUCGGCAUCAGGGCUUGCUGAGAUGUCGCUCUCAGCCUUGUGUCCUGAAUGAGAAGAAAAGCCGACUCAAGCGUAGACGAGAAGAGGAUGUUCGGUGGAAUCGCCCCUCGUUAGACUUUUUAAAAAUGACUCUGACUUUGAAAAAUUCAAAAAGUCUCUGUUCACUUGAUUAUGAUGAUGAUGAGGAUGACGAUGAAGCACAGAUGAAGACCAUUGUCUCCUCUCCAUGCGACUCAAAUGACCUGAGCAUCAUAACCCCUGGCUCUAGCCUAGAAAAAGAGCCGCUGAAUGAUGUCCAGCAUCAUGGUGCACACCAAGCUAGCUUCAGCACAAGAGCUCCCAAAGAAGCAGCUGCUGUGUAUGAAAGUGGAGAAGAGACCAGUGACUGUGAAAGCACUGAAGAAGGAAUCUUUCCUCUGGAUUGUGAGGGCUUAGAUCUAGAGCAGAUCGAAAAUAACUGAGCCAGAGGUGUGCUAGAAACCUGGAUUUGUAUUUUGCAGCAGAAAUAUUGAUGAUUGCAAUACCAUGUCCCCUUGUUUCUAUACUAGCUGCCUGCAGCAUGUGGGGAAAAGAAAUGUUUAAAGUGGGGAGAACACAACUGUUUGGUGUCUAAUUGCAGAGCUACACAUGAGCAAGACUAGGAGGCCAUAUAUCAUGAAUCAUUUUGAUAUAGACUCCUAAAGCAAUGUCUAGGUUUUUGCUUUUACAGAUUUUAGAGGGAGCAUUCUCUUAAAACUAGGUUUUGGAAGGGCAUUCGAUGCUGCAAGCUGUACACAGUGAUUCUUUUGAGCGUCUAAGGGUUUUUGGUAAAGAGCUUAACCUGAAAACAGAAUUACACAAAUUGCUAACAAAUCAUACAUGACUGGUCAAACAUGUGAAGUGCCUCCUUGUACAGUGAGUACAUUUGAACUUCAUGUAGAAAUGGCUGCUUAUACAGCUAAGGAUUGGUUCACACUCCAGUGGCAUCACUGAAUGUCCUUUUGGCUUGCGCUUGUCUGUGUUUUGGUGUGGAAUAAGCUUCAUGGGAACCAGAAGUUGACACAUAUCACAUUACACCAGAUUACUAUGAUCACAGUAGCUCUUCUGAGCACCCAAUCACAUGUACCUGGAUACAUGUGUAUCUUCAGUUCAUGUGCCAUUUCCUUCAUGGGAACCCAGCAGGCCUGAGCUGAAGGAUAUUCAUGCAUAGAAAACUUUGGCAAAUGGCACCUUGUGUGAAUGAGCACCAGGACUCAAUCACAACCUUCUAAAGGUUAUCAUUUUCCACUAUUUUUCUUAUUGAAACACUCUUUUGUAGUCUGCUAAUUGAGAUUGGACUAGACUGCAACUCAUUGCUUACUGCCUUGGUCAAGAUGUCUUCUGUGAUGUAAGAGGAAUGUAUAACAAAAGCACUUGAACUUCUUGGAAGGGACUUUGGAAUAACAUGUUCCCCAAGAGAUUAUUCUUUUCAGCAAUACCAGAAGGAAACUAGUCCUUUAAUAAAUGACACUUUGCUUUGCA